AUGGAGAAGAGCAGGAUUGUGGCACUUUUACUACUGUGGUUGCUGGUGGUGCACUGCACUGGCCUACAGCAUCAAGACGCUGGCUGCUCCACGCCUCAGCGGUUGCAGGUGCACAGCAGGAAAUGGUUGCUCUCCCUACGCGAGAAGGUUACACUGGAACCGGGCCUGCUGGACGAAGUUCCGGAGGAACUGCUGAGGAAUGGGCACCGCCGUCUAAGGAAACGAGGGAGAAGAGGGGGCAUUCAACAUCGACUUCGCCGCAGGCAGCAUAAACCUCCUCUGCCAUAUAUGCUUCUUAGCAAUGUUAGAUCUCUCAGGAAUAAGAUGGACGAGCUCCGCAUCAACACAAAAGUUUGCCAUGAAUACUCUAUACCUGAGACUGCACUGUAUGUGUCUUUGCUGUGCUUUCUUUCUGUCUGCUCAGCCUGUUAUAUCUCUAACUGCCCAAUAGGUGGCAAAAGAUCCUUGAUCGAUGUACCAGCUCGCAAGUUAUAUACUUCUAUGGCUUGUGGUCCCAGGGACAGGGGCCGCUGCUUUGGCCCCCGUACUUGCUGUGCAGCAGGUUUAGGCUGCUCUGUAGGCUCUCCUGAAGCAGCCAGCUGCAUGAAGGAGACCUACAUUUCCACUGCAUGUGAGAAUGGAGGGAGACCAUGUGGAUCUGAGGGGGGACACUGUGCUGCUCCAAGUGUCUGCUGUAACUCAGAGGGCUGUAGCGCUGAUCUGUCAUGUCUCGGUGAUCAUGAAUCGGAUCCAGAGAGCAGUGAUGGCCCUGGUGGAGAUCUCCUCAUGAAGCUGCUACAUCUGACCAAACAGCAUUUGGCCAACAGAACUUACCAGUGA